GUCAGGCCAGUCCGUCUGCAGCCGGGAAAACAUCAGGGACACAGGUUGUAUCAGUCAGCUGUUGCUACAGCCAUGCUGUGUAACAACCACUAUAAAAUUGCAGCAGGGUGCAGGGAGAAGUACUUCUUUAGAGGAGGAAUUUGUAGAUCCACGUGCCUGUCAUCUUGCCUUUGGCCUGGGCACGUCCAUGGCACAUGACCGGAGAACAAGCUCAGUCACAUAGGUGCUUGCCCUGGGUGUGGUUAUGGCGCACCUGCUAACCUUCCACUAGCACCUGCUGAGUUCCAUUGUUGCAGCAAGUCCCGCAGCCCAACCUGGAAUCCAGAAGGUGUGGCGUGUGUUCCACCCGGUGACUGCAGGGAGCUGUGAAGCCCUGGGGCCAUCGGUGGAGCCCCGUCAUCUCCCAUGCGGGGUGCUUAUGCGGAGUAGCACCCUGCGAUCCAGGACCCGAAGCCAGGUUCCUGGAGCCAAGCCACCUCUGUCACUUGAAGGUUGUAUGGCUGUGAGCAGGCGCUAGCCUCUGCACCCCUCGGCUUCCUCCUUUGCAGCCGUAGGGAGAGCAAGGGAGCUGAUAACGUCAACCUGCUUGGAAGCCGUGCCGGCUCAGGGGAGUACCGCACAGAGGGAGGCGUUCACAACUCUGGUGCUGUCACUGAAGCCUGGGUCUGGAGGAAAAGCAUUCUCUGCACCCAGACGCCCCUGUCGGACCCACCGGAGGACAGAUGGCAGCUGCUCCUGAUCAGCAGUGGACAGACGCUUCUGUUCUCGGAGCAGGACAGGAUGCCGAGGCUCUUGGGGACCUACCAUGCCAAGUCAGAAGUCCCAUCUGAAGCUCUCCCCUAACUAGCAGCUACCUUAUCUAGUCCGUAACGCCAUACUUUCAUGGAACAUCUGUGACCCAAGAUUCAACAGGAAAGGGGUAGUUUCCCGUGAACUAAGGUUCCCGUGGGUCCACAUCUACCAUGCCCUUGCUCAUCAAUAGCGCCAAUUGCCAAAUGGUAGGUUUUGCAGUAGCCACUAUUGGAUGGAUCCUUGGCACCACUGCCAUGGGCUUCGUGGAGUGGCGAGUAUGGUAUCUGGACAACGCCUCACAGUUCUCUGGUCUGGCCUGCAUGGGAAUGUGGAGAGUCUGUGUCUUCCGUCAUACCAACAUCACCACAGCAACCUCAUGUCACAGUUACAGCUACCAUGAUACUUACCUACCUCUUGAUAUCCGUGUUUCUCAAAACCUCUUACUGAUGGCCAGCAUUCUAGGACUCUUGGGGAAAGCCUCUGUUACUUUUGCACUUAAAAAUGUGUCCAUGAGAAUUCUUGAGAAGAAUACUACCUACAAAGCAUUUGUCAUUUCAGGAAUUCUCAACAUAGCUGCUGGUAUCUGUAUCUCAGUUGCUCUCAUCUGGAAUUACCACUCUGUGAUGACUGAAGAGGGUAUUGUCUUCCCACCAUCUUUCAAUUUACCCUUCAAGCCACAUGCUCAGCAAAUUGGCAACACUGUUAUAGUGGCAUGUCUAGCUGCCUUUGUGCUGUUCUUAAGUGGGUGGUUUUUUCUCUCUUACAAAUUACCCCUGGAUAGCCAAGUGCAUCCUGAAAUAUCAGGAAAUGUAGAUUCCUGUUUGCAUUGACUUUAAAAAUCCAACAUUACCAAAAGUUUAUGGGAAAUCUUACCACGAUGCUUAAUCGAAUUUCCAGGGACUCGAGACCAUGGCAAUACAGUUUUUGGCAGAAAGUAGUAAAGCAUUUACUACAGUUGUAAUCUGUGUCUGAUUUGAGUCAGUUAAGGAAUUUCACAAAAACUCUUUCCAACCUGCCAGUUUUUAUUUUAAUUAUUGCCUAAUCACAGUACUAUAAAUCUAGUGUAUGGAAAUAACAGUUUCUGAGAUUCUUACAUUUCCCUCCUCAACUAUUGCUAAAAACUGAUUUAUUUUCUAUGUUAUGGUAUUAUACUUAUGUCAUGUAAAAAUUUACAUUAUAUGGAGAAAUAGAGAUGGUAAAGGACAGGGAAGCCUGGCAUGCUGAGGUCCAUGAUGUUGCAGUUGGAAACAACUGAGCAACAACAACGAGAAAAUGAGGAAUUCAUUCCACCGUAUUACUGGACACCAUAAUUAGUGAAAUUGUUCUGUAUAAGGUUUAUGUAUCCUUUUCCCUUUUUAAUCUUUUUAAAUGGUUAUAAAGGAACAUCUUGUCCCUUCAUCCUAACAAAAUGAUUCCCUUGCUUAAAGAAUAUUAGUAGUUAUUCCUUGUUAUCAAUGAAUACUUAAAAAUUUUAAAUGCCUCAAAAUAAAUUCUUCAGAUUUGUUUUUUCUACACAAAGUACUCACAGUGACAGAAGUCUGAAACUAAAGCACCUCUCCUACCAACCUACCCCAUCGGCCCUUUAAGAAAAAUUUUAAAUUUGUUGAAUUUUUUGUUGUUCAGUUGCUAGGUUGUGUCCAACUCUUUGUAACCCCAUGGGCUGUAGCACACAAGGUUUCCCUGUCUUCACCAUUUCCCAGAGCUUGCUCAAACUCAUGUCCAUUGACUCAGUGAUGCCAUACAACCAUUUUGUCCCCUGUCGUCCCCUUCUCCUGCCUUCAAUCUUUCCCAGCCUCAAAAGUCUUUUCUAAUGAGUCAGCUCUUUGCAUCAGGUAGCCGGAUUAUUGGAGCUUCAGCUUUAGCAUCAGUCCUUCUAAUUAAUAUUCGGGACUGAUUCCUUUAGGACGGACUGGUUUAAUAUCCUUGCAGUCCAAAAGACACUCUCAAAGAGUCUUCUCCAACACCAUAGUUCUAAAGGUUCAGUUCUUUGGCACUCAGCU